UUGGAUGGCAUGAGGCCAUGUCUGUAUCCGAAUACACCUUGAUGUGUAAUUUCCACAAGUGCCGGGCCAGGCUGAGUGGGUUUGCAUGGGUCACGGCCUGCUGUCAUAUAUUCUGUGAUCAACACGGCUCGGAUGAGUUCAGCCGCACACCUGCCAUCUGUCCGACAUGCUCCUCCAUGCUCUCGGGCAAACUGGACGUGAUGCGGAUCGAGCUGGCUCCAUCAGAGCGGUACAAGUCCAUGGUUCUAGUCGGGCUGAAGCCUCACACGGUUCUGGAGAUCUGCCAUAAAGCACUGGAGUUCUGGACCUACCAGGUGCACCAGGAGAGGUUGCUAAUGGAGUACAAAUUGUCCCAAGCUGGAGGACAAGUGGUUCAGAUGGAGAAGUUUAUGACCCAGCAGAACCAGAGCAGAGAGCUUGAGUUAAACGCAUUAAGAGGGGAGAUAUCAUCAUUAAAGAAGGUGCUAGAGGAAUAUAAGCGGAAGUACAGUGAGGUUUUGGAGCGAUUGAAUGAACGAAACAGGCAAUACCAGAAGCUGCAGGGACUUUUUGACUCAAUGCGGAUGCACACUCUGGGGACAGGAGAGAAAGACAUCAUGCCCAACCCUUUCACUACAGGGUUGGCCAAACAACACACUCCCCAUAGCAGUCCUUCCUUCCUAGCACCAGAGGGUGACCGGUUCUUUUCAGUGGGACCAGAAAAUACUAAUGCUUUCUUCCAGUUCUGCUCACCAUCCCGGGACAGGACCCACACUUUUAUUAAGAAAAACUAA